AUGUAAUUCAAACAAGAAUCUUUUGAUAGUGAAAUGACAGAAUUUUUUUAGAUUCAAUAAGAAGUAGAAAUUAACUCACUCUUUAAACAGCUCAACAUUUAAAAUACACAACUCUCUAAUAAACGAUCUAAAAAAAUUAAGAAAGUUAAGCUAAAUCUCCAAACCAAUUCAAUACUUUAAAGAAGAAAUAUUAACCUAGGUUAAAUUUGA